CGAGCCGGGCCCACGGAACCUCUUUGGGUUAAACUAUUGCGCGCGCGCACCCCUCGCGCCUCGAAAGCGACACACACGCCCACACACCAGCACGCGCAGUGGCAUCGCAGCUGCUAGCUCCGCCGAGCUCCCACGCCCGCCCAUGGCCAUCGUCGCCGCGGCGCCGUUCCGGGAGGCGCCCGACGACGUCGUGGACGAAAUCCUGCUCCGCCUGCCGUGCCCCUCCUCCCUCGUGCGCGCCGCCGCGGCCUGCGCCUCGUUCCGCCUCCUCGUCUCCUCCCCGCGCUUCCUCCGCCGCCACCGCGCGCUCCACCCGGGCGCGGCGGCGCCCUUCCUCGGGGUCUUCUCCUCGGUCCCCGCGCCAGGCGAUUCGGGGGGCGCUUUUCACCCCUCCGACCCGCCCCAUCCGGCCGCGGCGGCCGCGCGCGACGUCGCCGGAGCCGCGGACUUCUCCUUCGCGUUCCUCCCGGCGCCGCCCGACGCCGCCACCGGCGCCGAGCGCCCCGGUUGGCUCGUCCGGGACUACCGCGACGGGCGCUUCCUCCUCGACCGGGCGUCCUCCUGCUCCACCUUCGACAGCGACAUCGUCACCGAUCUCGCCGUCUGCGACCCCUUGUCCCGCCGCUACGUCCUGCUCCCGCCCAUCCCGGAGGACCUCGCCGCCAGCGCCAACAACCCGCUCGGCGUCCUUGGCGGCCGGCGCUGGUGCGAGCCAUUCCUCGCGCCGGCCGACGCCGAGGGGGACAAAGACGAGGAGGAGCCCUCGUUCGUGGUGAUCUGGACGGCGCGGUGCCCGAGGAAGGUCGUGGCGCUCGCCUUCUCGUCGCGGGAAGGGCGGUGGCGCGCGCUCCCGUCGCCCGACUGCUUCGUCUGGAGGCGCCACCGGUCGCCCUUCUCCUGCCCGGUGCACGCGGUCUGGAACCGACGGCACUACGCGCACGGCCGCUUCUACUGGGCGGACUGCCUCACCAACCGCUGGCUGGUGCUCGACAUCGGCGCCAUGGAGCUCUCCGUCCAGGAGGUCCCGGCGCCGGCCAGGUUCUGGGAGGAGAACGUCGCCGUCGUGGAAGGCGCGAACGGCGAAGUCGGCGUGUUCGCGCACGAAUUCUACCACGCCGACGGCAACGCCAGCCUCAACUACUACACGAUCCCGCGCGACGCCGACGGCGUGGCGAAGUCGUGGCGGCUCGAGAAGACGAUCCCACUGCCGUGGUCCACGGCGCACGGCCGGCCGUUCUGCAUCCGCGGCGCGGCCAACGGGUGCCUGGUCAUUGAGGUCAACCAAGACUCGCCGCGGCCGUUCAUGUCGUCGAGCCACGACAGCCGGGACGUCGAGCUGUUUAAGAUCGACGUCGGGCGCCUCGAGCUGGAGAGAGUCUGCCGGGCGCGGUGCUCCGGCGGCGUCAGCGACGGCUGGUGGCCGUACUUCGGCUUCCCGCCGUUGCUGAGCUUGCCAACUGUUUGAGUCGCAUCGCCAAAUACUUCAGGAAAUUCCGCAGCAUCUUGUGUGUAAGCCUCGAAGGUAGUGUACCGGUGUGGCACAUGAAUGUAACUGGAGGCGGGCAGUUUGUGUUGGUCUUUGUAUAAGCAUUUUCAGUAAUACAGUUACAGUGCAGGUGUACAGUUCGUACAGCAAACCGAAACAAGUGUACAGUAUAUAACAGGUCAUUGGCAACCA